UUUAUACACAGGUCACAGUUUGAAGGUCCUGAGGAUCCACAUUACAGACAACCUGUCCUGGUCAGCAAACACCAUAGCUGCUGUUAAAAAGACACAUCAGCGCCUGCACUUCCUGUGAGUCCAAAAUAAAACAAUGUGUGUGAGAGGCUGCUGGUGGCCUUCAACCGCUCUGCAGUAGAGAGCUUUUUAACCUCCAGUACUGCCUGACAGCAUGAUGUGUAGAAUGUUCAGCAGCUGACAAGGAAGCAUUACAGAGGGUCAUCAACACAAUAAUCAGCUGCCCUCUUCCCUCACUCCAGGACUCUGCAGACACCUACUGUCUCUCCAGAGCAAAGGACAUUGUCAGAGACUCUUCUGUCAGGUUUGUUCGGUUUCACCUGCCCUCUCUCUUCCACACACCUGCCAGCUAUUCUCAUUAUCACCACCUGUUUUCACUCCUGAAAUCACCAGACCUCCUAUAUAUACCCUGCCUUUUGCCAAUUUGUUCCUGUUUCCAUGUAGAACUUGUGCAACUUUUUGUUUGUUUGUCCCCAUAGACUGUUUGAUACCUGCCUUAUUGUUAACCUGCUUUGUUGUUGUUGCUGUUGCUGCUCCUGCUCCUGCUACAACUAAGCCUUCUCCUCAUUCUCUCCUGCCUUCACCCCUUUUAUCUGGACUAUCACUGCGCACAUGGAGCUGUUACCUCCGGACCUACAUCAUUCUUCAUCAGACUACUAUUCUCUAGCCAGAGCUGGUUCUAGCAGCAGGAUGCAAACCGCCUUCGGAGAUCUCCGGUAAUAACAUGGGAUGACAGGAAGAGCCACUGCAACAGCUCGAUGGAGAACAGAGGAGCAGAGUGAACAAGCGAUCGGGUGAUUAAGGACAGACGUGAGAACUGUUGAGCGAUGACAUCGAAAUCACUUUUCUCUCCCUCUCUGGAGAAGAAGAAAAUGAAAUUCGACGUGAUCAUCAUGGCUGUGCAACGGCAAAUAGGUGGCGAUUUCCUGAGGCAUUAUAGUACAGGGUGCCCUGGGGUCGUGAUUAUGGAAGUCAAAUGAGAUUGCUUUUGAUAUCUCACAGGCUCCGUUAUGCACCAGCCGCUGCAGUGACUGGACGUGUUUCUUUUACCUGCUCGACGCCACUUCAUGCUGAAAGACGCUGAGUGAGUUGGCACCGAGAGGAGCCCGUGUUACUGCCCUGCUGGAUGUUUCCCUGCAGCACCACGGACAGCGACAAUGACUCGGCUACGCAGAAAGGCUCUCGUCGCACUUUUCCUUUUCACGCUCUUCAUCUUCGGGACCAUGAUGGGGCUCAGGACGCUGAAACCCAGUGACGGCUUUUCUGACCUGGCACCCGGAAUGGACUUCAACAGAGAGAGAUCCGAAAGGAAGCGGCUGGAUGUGAAAGAUGUGGUGGUGUCACCGGGCCAGUUCCACGCGGGCAGCAGUGACACUAAGGUGGUUUUGACCAAAUCGGACCGAGAUCACAGCAUAUUCUAUGAUAUUCAUAUAUUCUACUACCUGUGGUACGGCUCUCCCAGCAUGGACAACAAGUACAUUCACUGGGACCAUGUGCUGGUGCCACACUGGGACCCUAAGAUUGCAGCCAGUCAUGCUCAAGGACGGCACACACCUCCAGAAGACAUUGCCUCAAGUUUUUACCCCGAACUGGGACCCUACAGCUCCAGGGACCCAAAAGUGCUGGAGCCCCCCCUGGCACAGAUAGAAGCGGCUGCCGCAGGGGUGCUGGUGUUGUCCUGGUAUCCUCCCGGGGUGGCAGACGACCACGGGGAGCCCACAGAGGACCUGGUUCCAGCUGUCAUGGACGCUGCCCACAGGCACAGCAUCAAGGUGGCCUUUCACAUACAGCCAUACAGAGGACGGACGGACCAGAGCAUGCAUGACAACAUCAAAUACAUUAUUGACAAGUAUGGAAAACAUAGCGCCUUCUACCGAUUCAAGUCCAGCACAGGGCAAGUCCUGCCUCUGUUUUAUGUCUACGACUCCUACCUGACCCCACCAGAGUCCUGGGCAGAGCUGCUGACAGCUAAAGGCUCCCACAGCAUCAGAAGCACACCUUACGACGGCGUUUUUGUCGCCCUGAUUGUUGAGGAACGCCACAAACAUGACAUCCUAGCUAGCGGUUUUGAUGGAAUAUACACCUACUUUGCCUCCAACGGCUUCUCCUUUGGCUCGUCCCACCAGAACUGGAAAGCCAUCAAAGCUUUCUGUGAUGCAAACAAUCUGCUUUUUAUUCCUAGUGUGGGUCCAGGAUAUGUAGACACAGCUGUUCGGCCAUGGAACAACCAUAACACCAGGAACCGGGUGAACGGACGAUAUUACGAAACAUCCCUGCAGGCAGCUCUGUCUGUCAGACCAGAAAUUGUCACCAUUACGUCCUUUAACCAAUGGCACGAAGGAACGCAGAUAGAGAAGGCUGUACCCAAGAAAACACUGACCCGUUUGUAUCUUGACUACCAGCCCAACCGACCAGACCACUACUUGGAGCUUACACGCCAGUGGGCCGAGAACUUCAACAAGGAGAAGGACAAAUGGCUGAUGUAAACAAGGUUUUAUCUCCCCAGUAGAUGCCCUGAGCAUGAUCCCAAAUGACACUAGGUCAGCUCUCACUGUUUAAAGACAACAACUUUGUCUGUACACUGAGCACUCCUGAUGAGGUUUCCCUCAAGUGUUCACUCUGCCUUCACUGUUUUCAAUCACUAACAGUUCUGUACAGGUUUAAUAAUGUUGCAGUUAAUAUAUGUUGUAGCCACAGGGUCAUAAUAAUAGACAGAUAAUAAUCUUUUCUCAAUAACAAAUCUGAAUCUUGUUGCGACAUCAAGAAAGUGUGGCUAUGUACAGUAACUCUGCUCUGUGAGGUUAUUUUCUUAUGGUAAAAGACUGUUCUUCUCUGCCGUUCCUUGAAAACAAAUAAAAUGUCUGUUUACUGUUGGAGAAUUAGUGUUUGAUGUAAAGUGAGGUGUCUCAAACAUCUGCCCAGGGUUGCAGCUACUGAGGUGCAGGCAGAAAUGUAUCAGGUCCUAACAGCUAAACUCUAAGACUUCAGUUAGUUCCGUACUUGGAGGCUCCAUUUCUAGAUGGUGAAAUACUCAGCCAUUCAACUUUAAAAGGGGCUGUGCAGUAUUUGAAAGAUGGCGCAGAACUAGAAGUAUGGGUUUUAUAGUUUGCUGUGUUGCUUGUAUUCUUUUUAACACCUGACAGCAUUUUAGUGAGAGAGAAGGAACACCAGAACAGAAGUAAGUCACUUUCUAUUCAGACUGGUUUGUUGCUUCUUGGCUUUGUUAGCUAGCCUGUCCAGUGUUGUUAUUAAUAAAACCUUGUGAUUGUUUCCAACAGUUGAUUUGGAUUAUGUUCCCAGACCUGCAUUAGCAAGAGGUUUGCUCACGUGUCAAAGGACCAAAGGCUGCAUUUUCAAGCAUCUUGUGCAACUAUUUGAAUGGAGCUGAGCUAAAAGAGGAGGAGAGGUGUAGGUGUUCAAAUAAACCUCUCUUUAACACUCCCAUACUAACACCUAGACAUUUUAAACAGCUGUCAGAACUUGUCAUACUGAAUUCAUAAACCCAUGGAGCAGCUUUUAGUGUGCAGACUUGACUGUAGUUAGUUUACAAGGGCUGACAGUCUCCUGUGUAAUUUACCAGUGAAGCCUGAGUAAGUGCCUCCAUGCCAGGCAGUUGGAAGUGGAACACAUCAGGCGUAGUGAACCAACCAGUGUCCAUGUAGCCUGGCUGCAGCUUUCGUGAUUGAGAAAGUAUUGGAGCAAAGCGGAUCCCUCUGGACACUCUAAUGCCACGCUUUAAUGGCUCUGCCCCCAGAAAACCUGUGCCCAUGAAAAAGACAUGCUAGUACCAGGCUGCCAGCAGCCCUUUUACAGAUAUCAGGCGUCAGAGCAACUAAUCAUUACUAAACUAGAGACUGUAUUUAAAAGACAAGUGCAGAGGGUUCCCUUGGAGCCUUUGCAAUAAACGUUAGAUCCUUGUGGAAAACAAAGUUUUCACUGAAACUCAGGAAAA